AAUCUACUAAAUACCUAUUUAAUCGUCUAUUUGAGAUCUUUGAUUAUUUAUAAAAUUAAACCGUUUUCUUCAAAUUAUUAGCAGCAGGUUGUUUGAACACAGGCUGAUGCUCGGAUACAACAAAAAUGUCUGUGAAAGAAGGCUUUGGUGGAUGUCGGCUUUGCCUAGAUCCGUUUGUCGAAAGUUACACUACCAUCAAAAGUCCUCAAUUGAAGCAGAAGAUGCAAAAAGUUUUCAGUUUUCCGGUUGAAGCCAAGACCGAAUGGAGCUCCGAUGUUUGCCAAACAUGUUGCUACACUAUCACUGAGUUCUACCAAUACUCGGAGAAAGUACGUCAGAAUCAGGAAACUCUCAUCACGGCGCCGAACACACUCGAUCUGCUACUGGACUGCGAACUGAUGUUUGAAGAGGUCAAGCUCGAAGUCAACAGUGAUGCAGAAAACAAAGCAAUUUUUUCUGAAGAUGCUCCAGGGUUUUCAAGUGAUUCUUCGUACGAGCCUCCGACCAAAAAGACCUCGAAGAUGAAAACUAAAAAUGGAACCACCAGUGCAAGUAUUAUUCGUAAUAGUUAUCUAAAGAAAUCCUGUAAUGAUGAUAGCGGCACGGAAAUGAAACUAUCAAAAUCGCAAAAAUCUGACAAGGACGAUCAGUUUCUUAUGAAACACUUCACAUUGACUUGUGACCUGUGUGGCGCGACCUCUCCCACCUUUCCCCUUUUACGUGAUCAUUUUCGUUCUGUACACAAUCGCGAUGAUGCAUACGUUUUGUGCUGUGAAAAACGGUUCAUCAGACGUUACGACCUUCUGAACCACGUCAGAUGGCACACUGACCCGGAUGCCUUCAAAUGUGAACUGUGCCAAAGAAGAUACAAGAGCAAAGAUGCAAUGAUUAUGCACCGGCAAGUCAAGCAUCCGGAUGAAGACCUUGAACAUGAUACGGAGCCUGUCAUUAAGCAGCUUUCAAAGUCGAAAAAUCGGCACAAGGAAGCUUCAGACGAACAGGGUAUAAGUGAAGAGGCUGUUGCAGAAGCAGCAGCGAAAAUGAGGAAAACGCGGUUGGAAGAAGAUGAAUUUCUUAGCAAAAAUUUUACUAUGACGUGUGACCUUUGCGGUGAGGUGGCGGCUGAUUUAACAAAUCUAAGAAUUCAUUUCAAAAACGAGCACGAGGAACACAAUGCUUAUGUUGUUUGCUGCGACAAAAAGUUCUACAGACGAUGUCUUCUGCUGGCUCACGUCAAAUGCCAUGUCGAUCCAAAUGCCUUUCAAUGCACGAUAUGCCAGAAACGGUACAAGAGCUAUGAGGCUCUAACUCUGCACAAGCAAACCAAACAUUCGGACGAAGAGCAGUCGAUCGGAGUCGAUUCGAAGUCGCUGAUAGUAGAGGAGAACAAAGAUCGUAUAAUAAACGACAAAAAGUGCGUGGAGUCAGUUUCUGAAGUUAAAACUAUUCAACGCCAGAGAAAUGUUGAGAUCCUAUCAAAUCGGAGUCAGGAAGAUGAUUUUAUACGAAGACAUAUUAAAUUGACUUGUGAUCUCUGCAAGCUGACGAAACCAACUUUUACCGAUCUGCGCUUCCAUUUUCGCUCGGCACAUAACACUAACCACUCCUAUGUGAUAUGCUGCAACGAGAAAAUUGUCAGACGAACUGAUCUCAUUGAGCAUCUUAAAGAUCACGACAUUUCAAAUGCUGCGGAAAUCGAAUGCUUCGAACAAGAUGAACCCGAAAUCGAUCCUUCUGGUAUCGAUGAAAAGAUUGAGGUGCUUUCAAUAGAGGAAGCGGUGGAAGAGUCCACUGCUGCAGUCCUGGAAGAUGCGGAUCAAGCGGAGUUGCAGUCGUCAUUGGAGGACGAUCCCCCUGAAGUUCAAAAUAUUGAUUCUCCGUUGAAAGAGACGGAGCAACACGAUGAUACGCCAGUCAAUAAAAAAGGAUCACGAUAUGAGGACGAUGAAUUUCUUUCUGAAUACUUUCCACUAGUUUGUGACCUGUGCGGGAAAACGUCGUCGACCUUCACGAAACUACGAAGUCAUUAUCGCACGGAACACAACAACAACAAUGCCUAUGUAGUGUGCUGCAACAAGAAGUUCAACAGACGUCAUCAAGUGCUGAAUCAUGUCAAAUGCCAUCUCAAUCCGAAUGCUUUCCAGUGCGAGCUGUGCCAGAAGCGAUACACGAGCAGGGAAGCCCUGGUCUUGCACCAGCAGAUGAAACAUGCGGAUGAAAGCCAAAAAGCGAUCAACUUAGAAUUGGUGCAGAAAACAGCAAGCGAUGAAUCAUCCUCGAAGCAGCUGGAUGAGACAUCAUCGAAGCGAAGGGGAAUGCGAGACCACGAGGACGAAUUUAUUAGCAAAUAUAUUGUACUCACGUGCAACCAGUGUGGUGUUACGAAACCUACCUUCUCCGAACUUCGUAUCCAUUUCCGUUUGGUACAUGGUAGCAAUAUCCCAUACGUUAUAUGUUGCGAUGAGAAGAUCAUAAAACGUUGCUUACUCAUCGAACAUCUUAAAAGGCAUGUCAGUUACAAUACGUUGGAAAUUGAGCCGGACACUCAGCAGGAAGACAACAAGCUUUCAAUAAAUGCAGUUGAUGAUAAUUCUUCAUCUGCUAAGAUUCCAAUAAACGACGAAGAAUUGGAGACGCACUCAGCAUCAGAAGUGUCAAGUGGAGACUUUUCUGACGAUCAGCUCGAUACCGUAGGGAAUAAAAAACCAAUAAAAGAGAAUCAGGAUGAUCAAUUUCUCCGUGAACAUUUCCGCUUCACAUGUGAGAUUUGUGGUGCGACCGAGUCCACUUUCACGCAGUUGCGAAAUCAUUUCGCUGACAACCACGAUCCUCAAGAUCCUUACGUAAAGUGUUGCGGGAAGAGGUUUAUCAGACGUUACGACCUUCUGAACCAUGUAAAGGUGCACGUAGAUCCGGACGCUUUCCAAUGUGAAUUCUGUAAGAAACGCUACGGUAGUAAAGACUCACUUAUUCUGCACAAGCAAAUAAAACAUUCCGAUGAAUAUCAACAAGACUUGGAGAAGGCAUUGUUUGAGGAUCCUACGAAAAGGCGUUCCCGACAAUUAAAGGCUCUCCGAAUACAGAAGGCACCAAACGAAGAAGCUGUCGCAGCGAUUUUGAAAGAAACGGAAUCGGAAAAAGACGACAUGCGCGAUGAAGAGGACAAAUUUCUCAGUGAGAAUUUCACGCUGACCUGCGAAGUUUGUGGUGUAACAGCACCGACUUUCUUAAGGUUGCGUAGUCACUUCCGGAAGGUACACCAACGACGCGAUGCGUACGUUAUAUGCUGUGAGAAAAGGUUCUCCAAGCGAUGCCUUAUCGUGGAUCACAUCCGACAUCACUUCAAUCCGAACGCAUUCAAGUGUGAUCAGUGCAACAAAGUGUACACGGCCAAGGACAAUUUGAUGGCCCACAAACUGAACUCCCAUACGGCGAAAGAGGACCGGUUGUACAAAUGUGAUCACUGUUCGGAGACUUUCGGGCAGAAAUGCGCCCUCGCGAUGCACAUGGAGCGGCACCAGGUAAUCGAAUGUCCCCAAUGUAAUAAGCGCUUUGUCAGGCAGAUAACACUGAAUAUGCACAUGGCAAGAAUUCACGGAACUUCUAAGGAUAACAUUUUCGUUUGCGAACAUUGCGGUAAGAGCUUCGUGGGUAAGGUGGGCUUAGAGCGACACAUUACUUCGAGGCACAUGGGAAACGAUGAACCACGGGCGCAGUGUCAGAUAUGCGACCGUUGGUUGAAGCUACCGAACUUCAAAGCUCACAUGGAAUACGUCCAUGGGACCAGCGAUCGGGUGUACGAGUGCGAUGUCUGCCACAAGGCGUAUCCUCAUUUACUAUCGCUGCAGAAUCACAAGAAGCAAACGCACGCGGUGGCAAAGUUCGAGUGCGAGUUUUGCGGGAAGAAAUUUAGACAGAAAUUGCCCUGGAUAGAACAUCGAGCUACGCAUACGGGAGAGGUGUUGUAUUCAUGCGAACAUUGCGGCGAACCUUACAGAGGUAAGUCAAGUUUGUAUUCUCAUGUCAAGAAGAAACAUCCCGAAGAGUGGGCUGCCAAAAGAUUGCUGAUGAUGCAAGGGGGUGUUCCAGUGGUGUAGUAACAAACAUUCGUUGUCUGUAUGGCGUCAAGAAAAGUCGGUAAAGUACAUGUAAAAA